AUGCUCCUGUCGUGCGAAACGUCGCAGAUUUUAGGGUGGUGCUGUUUUCACAGUUCGCGGCACGGUCUGCGGAGUGUGCGACAGGGCACCCGCUUGGUAACGCUUCGAUAUCAGCAGCGAGUGCCUGCAAAGCCUCGAUAUCUACGAAACGCGCAUACGUUUGGUGAACACGCUCGAUCAAGAAUGGACGUGCUGGAGCCAGCGCGCUUGCUGGAGGCGUAUCGACGGAGCAUUCCAGACUGGGAGACGCUACGGCACAAGGGUGCUGCUGGACGCGUAGCGGUUGUCGGUGGUUGUCUCGAGUACACCGGCGCGCCGUACCUUGCCGCUAUGAGUGCCACACGAGCUGGCGCAGAUCUCGCUUACAUAUUCUGUGCAGUCGAGGCGGCAUUCCCGCUGAAAACCUACGCCCCAGACUUGAUCGUUAUUCCCGCUUACAGUUCACGGCCUUUGGCGAGUCUGCAGCCGAGUGAUUCUGUUCAUAGCUCCGAGCCGGCUGCGGUAGACCUUUUCGUUUCAUGGCUACCGCGCAUGCAUGCGGUGUGCUUUGGACCCGGCCUCGGGCGAGACCCCGGUGUGCUUGCUACUGUGCAGGAGCUCUUGGUGCGCGCCCUCAAGCAUCCAGUGCCCGUGGUUAUUGACGCGGAUGCUCUGUUCCUGUUGAGCCAAUUCGGUCCACGACACACCGGAACGGCACUAGCGACCACCCUGGAGGAACGAAGAAACGCAACUGCUGACCGAGGGUCUUCCUCCAAUCGCAUUGCUCCCAUCGUGGUGACCCCGAACGCAGUGGAAACUCGACGACUGCUGGAGUCUUUUCAGAUCCGCUCGCCGCAAGAAUGGGUCCGUCAUGUACUGGCUCCUGGCGAUGUCAUGUUAGAGAAAGGUGAAACAGACCGAAUCCAUGCGGUAUGCGACGAGGCUCACGAACCUGAACCAUCCUGUGUGACCGUGGACUGCGCGGAAUGCGGCUCACCGCGACGCUGUGGCGGCCAAGGUGAUAUACUCAGUGGCAUCUUGGCAACAUCUCUGGCAUGGAUGGGCUUUCAGGGCGAAUCCGCAAGCGCCCUAGUAGCAGCGGUGGGGGCAUCCACGCUAACCCGGCGCGCAUCACGAGCAGCCUUCGGGGCCAAAUAUCGGGCCAUGACAGCAACAGACGUUCUCGAGCAAGUCGGGCCUGUAUUCCAUGCCUUUGAAACAGAGUCAUCCAGCUAG